AUGGCUUCCCUCCUUCGCGGCCUGUCGUAUCGCUUCAAUACGCCGACGCCCUCGACCGAUUUUAAAAAGGCAAAGAACGAAGACGCUCUCUUCCCAAAGACGGAUCCGGCCGUAGACGGCGAAGACUGCUUACACGACUGCGAAUCAUGUUCGAUCAAAUAUCCCCGCAAGUUCGAGAUUGAUCAAGACGACAAACUCUAUGGAAACAUUGGUGGUUGGAACACGCAUUUGAUUGUCGCUACUGGAAAGACCGACUGGGUACGCGAUGUUGCCGAUGAAAAGGGCAGUGUCAUGGAGGCUGUAUCAAAGGCAGAGGAGCCUACCAAUGGCAAGAUGAUGCUCUCAGCCUCCAACAUGCCCAUACCGCACUCUUCACACUCGGAUCCGGAUGGUCAAGUCCGCACCACCGUCUUGCUACUCCCUGCCUUCAAGUUCAUCGACAAUGUCACCCCGGCCGCUGUGCCAGACCUUAUUCAACACUGCGUCAACAACGCCCCUACAAACACAAGUCCGCUUGUCGACCCUGCAUCAGACAAUUCUCUCACCUCGACACCACUGCCAGCAGCCCUCGACAUGAGAGAUUGUCCCCACAACUACCUUAUUCUCCUGUGCUCUCACGCAACAAGAGAUGCUAGAUGUGGUCAGUCAGCCCCCCUACUGAAGAAGGAACUUGAAAGACAAUUGCGACCCCUGGGGCUGGCCCGUGACUUUGACGAUGAACGUCCUGGCGGUGUUGGAAUCUACUUUAUCAAUCACGUCGGCGGUCACAAGUACUCGGCCAACGUCCUAGUCUACCGAAGACGUCUGUCACCCGAUGGCAAGCCCCUAAGUGAGGCUGCUCAGUGUAUAUGGCUUGCCAGAAUAAAGCCUUCAGACUGCGAAAAUCUUGUACGCUACACCGUGCUACAAGGCAAGGUCGUCAAGCCUGGAGAGCAGCUGCGUGGAGGCUUUGACCGCUCCACUCAACUGACUAGUUGGUAG